AUUUGGGGGGAACGUGUGGUGAGAGAUCACUGCUUUUUCUUGAAGAAACUCAACAAAAAAUCAAAAUUAUAACAACAAAUCAGUAAUCCGUUUUGCUUUGCUUUCCUGCUUUGUUAUAAUAUAUUCCUGAGAAAGAAGACAACACAAUCAACAGUUCCAACAAGUAACGAUCGUCCCUAAAGCUCUGUGUGAAGAAGCAAAAAAAUCACUUUGAUCCUUCUUCGGAGUUGUGAAAUGGCGCAGUUCACAGUGAGGGGCCGCUUAAAGCCUCUGAUAAACGGCGACGGCUUCGAAUUCAAGUGUCCGUCCUCCUCCUCGUCGCCGCCGCCGUCGCGCCGCCGGUUCAAAGCUUCCGGCGGCGGCGGAUUCAGUGCCGCUGCGGCGGUCACAUCUUCAUUUCCUCUUCAACUUCAAGAGCUCAGACUUAGGUUUAGUGGUCCCGGCAGGAUUACUAGAGUGUACGCUAAUGCCUCAUCUCCGUCGUCGUCUCUCGGCAAAUCCAAGGACUUACAUUCGAAUCCUAUGCCGGACGGCGGCGAAGACGACUUCUUUGAGGAGAUCAUGGAUGAAGUUUCGGAGAUCCAGAGAGACGAGCUGUCUUCCUUCAGAGGUUUAGUGUUGGACCUUGCUUACAGACCUGUCAAUGUUGUCUGCUGGAAGCGAGCUAUUUGUUUAGAGUUUAUGGAGAAGGCAGAUGUUUUGGAGUAUUAUGACCAAACUGUGAACUCUCCGAGUGGUUCCUUCUAUAUACCUGCUGUGCUAAGGGUUCCUCAUUUGCUUCAGGUUGUCAAAAGGAGAAGAGUGAAGAGGGCACUUAGUCGUAAGAAUAUCUUUUAUCGGGACAACUUUACAUGUCAAUAUUGUUCUUCUCGUGAGAACUUGACUAUUGACCAUGUUCUGUCGGUUGCACGAGGUGGGGAAUGGACCUGGGAAAAUCUGGUCACUGCUUGUGCCAGAUGCAAUUCAAGAAAAGGCCAAAAGACACUGGAAGAAGCAAAUAUGAAGCUGAUGAGUGUCCCUAAGGCUCCCAAGGAGUAUGACCUAGUCGCCAUACCGUUAACCACCGCGGCUAUAAAGAUGUUGGAGAAGAGGAAGGGGACUCCUGAAGAAUGGAGACAGUAUCUCUCAAUGCCAUCUUCAGCACCCUGAUAUAGGGUGUCCCCUGCAGCCUGUAAAUUCUCCCCCUCUUGCUACUUGGUAAAUGGUAAGCUAAAGCUAAAGCAGUAGUCUUUAUGUGAUUUCACCAGGAGAAGAAACCCACAUUUGAUGUAUCCCUGCAAGCAUCCCCUUGAUGUUGUUAUUGUUUCUAAGCCUGUGUAUAAGUAUAACAAUUGGUGCUGAUUGCUCAGAUGCUGUAUCAUAAACCUCUCUUUGGAGAUUGAUCAAUGACUGGUAUAACAACUCAAUUUCACUUAUAGUAAAAUUCAGUAUAUAUAUUAAAUAUAA